CAGUGAUCUACCCGGUCGCCCAGAUUUCUUACUUCACAUUUACUUGGCAUAUUUCCCCAAUCUCGACCUCCUGCAUUCCCAUCCAUUUUUUUCUUAGAAAGGAAGGAAGAAGAAACAUCAACUUUUUUUCCGUAAGAGAACGGAUAUAUUCAAGCGGAUUUGAAGAAAAGAUGGGAAGCGAAAUCCCCAUCCCCGCCGGCCUAAUCGAAGAACCACUUGAUCAUGCCGUAGAUAUAAUAGGCGAAACCUUUAAGGACGAUCCCUUCCAGCGCUAUGUGCUCGUAGACGACCUAGCCAAGAGAGGCGAAACAGACGUUAGCUAUGAAUACAACAGGGAAAUCUUUGCAGAAAUGAUUCCGGGGAUGGUUGCAGGUGGGGCGCGGAGUAUUACUGUUGGGGGGAGUGGAAUCUCAAGUGUAUGGCGUCUCGAACCCAUAACAGUCGAACCCAUCAUCUCCCCGCACUACCCCCCUGCUGUUGCCGAACUCAACCUUGCCACGCAUAAGAAAAAGAAACAACAUCUACCCCCAACCGCAACGCACAUGCUGCACCUCUCCUUGCUGGGGAACUACCGCGAGCAUCCGUCAAACGACAAGAGUCGCAAUCACAAAGUUAGCGAUGUGAUGAGACCGGUGCUCAAGAUGGCAAAGGAGAAGGGCUGGCCGGUUGUGCUGGAGGCGACGUCGGAGAAGGGCAGGGAUGUGUAUAAGCAUCUCGGAAUGGAGGUGUUGGAGGAGCAUACGUUUGGACAGGGCAAGGUGGGGAUUGAUGGCAAGAGGAAAGAGGGCGGUGAGGGUGUCAAGAUUUGGGUUAUGAUGGCUUGAUUGAUUCCAAUGUCUUUGCUGGCCAACUUUUUUUUGACAAUUGUAAUGUGCCAGCGCAUCUCGUGGCUUGCAUUGUUAUCGCAAGCAAGUUUUGGGUGCUAAUGCUGUCUUCACCGCGCCUUUUUCUUGGGUGCAUGACGAAGUACCGAUGUGUGAGGGGGGGAAUGGAGGAACGAGUUCAAAGAUAAGGUGAUGUGUAUAGAUUGGAGUCUUGCUUUUGGGCCAAGAGAUAGAUAACAGAAAUGGUACAUGGGACAGGGAGAGACGUGGCAUGCAAAUUGGAAA